ACCGGAGCCCCGCGUGGCCGCGCGCAUCCCGGGACGCCGGGUCCGGCGCCACGCCACGCCGCGCCGGGGGGCGGCCCGGGGGCGGCGGGAGGAGUCCUGGAGCCGGCGGAGCGCGCCGAGGAGCCGGGCCGGCCCCCGCGGGGGACGUGCGACCUGAGAGGGAUCCACAGCCUCGCUGCGUGGCCGGAGGGUCUUUGGUAGCCGGAAGAUUUGGAACCUCUACUGCUGUGAAUUCAUCAGUGAACCUGGAGCUUUGGGCCGUGCCAACAUGAGGGACGUCAAGGUACCUUGGCCCUGGAGAAGGCUGCGUGGCAAGAGACGGUCGGUGGUAGCGUUCUGCCUCUUGAUGACACUGUCUGCGCUGGCUGUCACCCGCUUACCCCCACAGCAUCCAGCAGCCGGCCCACACCCUGGCCCCACGGAGCCCCGGGACAUGACUGACAACUCUGCCCCUCACACACGUCAGGCUCUGAGCUCCAGCCAGAGGCAGCGGGCGAGGAACCUGGGGCUCUGCAGGGGCCGGGCUUUGCCCAGGAAAUCCAGCUUGGUCUGUGUAGAGGAGCAAGGCCACAGAGCGCGGCGAGCGGACAGAGGCAGGCCGUCCCCUGGAGGUGACAGCAGGCAUGCAGGCAGGGUCAAGAGGGGCAUUGCCGUGGCAGAUCUGGCAUUCACGACCCAGUAUAUUGUUCCCCUGAGGGAAGAUGAAGUCAGAGAUCCAGGCGCCCAGGGCCUGGGCCACCCCUGGCGCAGAGUCCCCAUCCCGGACGCACCAGGUGAAGCCAGCAUCCAGGUGGGCCCACUGGCCACAGGGAGCAAUGUGGCAGCUUUACAGGCCUGGGAAGCUACCACUGGGCUGGCCCUCCAGCCCUAUCCAGCAGAAGACAAGGAACUUCCAGGAGCUCAGGACAGAAUCUCGAGUGGUGGGUCCCCGGCAGCGGGUCCUACCCUGGCCUCAGGGGCCCGCAGCUGGCCUGAUUCUGUUGGAGAGCUUCGAGGGUCUGCAUGGUGUGACAGCGCAGGGGUGAUGAGCAGCUCAAACACCAGCGAGCAGGUGCCCCCAUGGCUCACUGAACACGAUGUGCAGAUCCUCCGCUUGUUGGCCCAGGCGGAGGUGGUGGGCAAAGCCAGGGUCCCUGGCCAUGGGCAGGUCCUGCAGGUUGGCUUCUCCAUGGAGGGUGCCCCUCAGCGGGACCCGAUUCCUCCCAGACUCAGCCAUCUCUGCCCCCGGGGAUUCUGCGGCUUGAUCAAGAGGCCUGGGGACCUGCCUGAGGUCCUGGCCUUCCACCUGGACCGUGUGCUGGGGCUGCGGCGGAGCCUGCCUGCUCUGGCCCGCCGCUUCCGCAGCCCCCUGCUGCCCUACCGCUACACAGACGGAGGCACCAGGCCCAUCAUCUGGUGGGCACCUGACGUGCAGCAUCUGGGUGACCCGGAUGAGGACCAGAACUCGCUGGCCUUGGGUUGGCUGCAGUACCAGAGCCUGUUGGCACACGGCUGCGGCAGGCCAGGCCAAGGCCCCUGCCUGGGCAUCCGUCACACCGAGUGGGCACGUCUGGCACUCUUCGACUUCCUGCUGCAGGUGCACGACCGUCUGGAUCGCUACUGCUGUGGCUUCGAGCCUGAGCCCUCAGAUCCCUGCGUGCUAGAGCGGCUGCGAGAGAAAUGCCGGAACCCGGCCGAGCUGCGGCUGGUCCACAUCCUGGUCCGGAACAGUGACCCAUCUCGUCUGGUCUACAUCGAUAAUGCUGCCAACCUCCAGCACCCCGAGGACAAGCUGAACUUCCGGCUCCUGGAGGGUAUCCGUGGGUUCCCUGAGUCGGCCGUGAAGGUUCUCGCAUCAGGGUGUCUCCAGAGCCUACUGCUCAGGUCGCUGCGGAUGGACCCGGUGUUCUGGGAGAGCCACGGCGGGACCCCCGGGCUGAAGCAGGGCCUGCAGAACCUGGAGCGCCGAGGACAGGUCCUGCUGGCUCACAUCCAGAGACACAACCUCACGCUCUUCAGGGACCAGGACCCGUGAGUCCGGCACUGCCCAGGCAAGCAUCGCCCCUCACGUCAGAACCCUGAGUUGAUGAGCAGCCCUCCUGAUGGCCAGGGGCUCCUGUGCUCACCCAUCCUGAGGACACAUGGGGAAAGCGAGAAACCAGAGGGACGGGUGGAUGUCGUGGGAUGGUUCGCCGCCUGGGACAGGGGAGGUGGCGUCGGGGGUUUCACUCUGACUGCUUUCCUCUCUGCCUUCUUGACUGUGGCUGUUUCCAUGGACCAAUGAAUGUGAUUCACGAUUUUCUGUGAACUGCUCCAGAGCCUGCCCAGUUGUGCAUCCCAUGUGCCCAGGCAGAGCCAGACCACUGCCUGGAGAACUGCAGGGUGUCGCACGUACACACCUGUGGACACACCCGCGUGUGAUACAUGAGACAAACCUGACAAAGGGUCUUCAUAGAAUUGCACUUGCAGUUAGAAGCAGUCUCGGGUCCAAGUGUUGAAACACAAAGGGCCAGCACUGUGGUACAGCUAAUAGAGCCGCCACUUGCAAAGGCAGCUUCCCGUAUUGGAAUGCUAGUUCAAGUUCUGCUACUCUGCUCCUGAUCCAGCCCCCUGCUGGCUGCGCCUGGGAAAGCUGCAGAGGUUGGCGCAAGUGCUUGGGCCCCUGCCACCCACAUGAGAGACUUGGAUGGAGUUCCUGGCUCCUGGUUUCAGCCUGGCCCCGCCCUCAGUAUUGUGGCCAUUUGGAGAGUCAAUCAGAGGAUGGAAUAUUCUCAUUCUCUCCAUCUCUCUCUUUCAAAUAAAUACAUCUCUUUUUUUUUUAUAUAAGACUUAUUUAUUUAUUUGAAAGGCAGUGUUACAGAGAGGCAGAGGUAGAGAGAGAGGUCUUCCAUCCACUGGUUCACUCCCAGAUAGGCACAACAGCUGAAGAUGCGCCGAUCUGAAGCCAGGAGCCAGGAGUUUCUUCUGGGUCUCCCAUGCAGGUGCAGAGGCCAAAGGACUUGGGCUUCUUCUACUGCUUCCCCAGGCCAUAGCAGAGAGCUGGUUCAGAAGUGGAGAAGCCGGGACUUGAACUGGCAGACAUAUCGGAUACCAGCGCUGCAGGUGGUGGCUUUACCCGCUACACCACAGUACUGGCCCUGAUAAAUACAUCUUUUGAAAAAAAUUACACUAAGGAUUUGUCUUUAUAGGCUUUAAAUUUUUCAGUUCUUACUCUGUUACAUUGUUUGGUUUAAAAACUGGAGAAGUAACACAUGCUUGCUAAAAGCAAAUGUAUAAUAGAGGCAUAUAAACAGUGAAAUUCAUACUCACACUACAUGCAAAUUUAAAAAUAAUAGAAGUGGCCGGCACCGCAGCUUGGUAGGUUAAUCCUCUGCCUACAGCGCUGGCACACCGGGUUCUAGUCCCGGUUGGGGCACCGGAUUCUGUCCCGGUUGCUUCUCUUCCUGUCCAGUUCUCUGCUGUGGCCCGGGAGUGCAGUGGAGGAUGGCCCAAGUGCUUGGGCCCUGCACUCGUAUGGGAGACCAGGAGAAGUGCCUGGCUCCUGGGUUUGGAUCAGCGCGGUGUGCCAGCUGCAGCACGCAGGCCGCAGCUGCCAUUGUGGGGGUGAAACAACGGAAAAGGAAGACCUUUCUGUCUCUCUUACUCUCUCACUGACCACUCUGCCUGUCAAAAAAAAAAAAAAAAAAAAAAGUGGCGAUGUCAGUGUCACUUCUACCAAGAGAAGAGAGCGGGGGACUGUUUCCCUUCACCUUCAUCAGUACUUGACCGUCUCACAUGUUUUUGCCUUUCAUCCAUCUGAUAGGGAAGCUUAAUUUGAAAAUUGCAUUUCCAGGGCAGGCGUGUGGCAUAGAGGUUAUAAUGCUGCUUGAGACGCCUGUAUCCUCUGUCAGGCUGCUUGGGUUUGAGUUCCAGCUUCGUUCCCAGUUCCAGCUUCCUGCUAAUGCACACGCUGGGAAGCAUCGGGGGCGGCUCAAGUAGUUGCGUCCCUGCCACCCACAUGAGAGAGUAAGUUCUUAGCUCCUGGCUGAUCGGGCAUUUGGGAAUUGAACCAGAUGAUGGGCGAUCUCUGUGAAAUAAAUAUAAUAAAUACAUAAAAAUUAGGAUAUAUUACAUUUUCUCAGUUACUAAUGAAGCAGCCUUUCUACUUAUUUACUAAUCAGUAUAUUUCCUUUAAGAUAUUUGUCCUCUCCUUGUUAAUUGGGUAGAGAUCUCGGAAUGUAAUUAGCAUAGCAAUCUCCGUUAGUUGUGGUAUAAAUAUUUUCUUCCUGUCUGUCAUUUGUCUCUUGACUUUGUUUAUGGAGUCUUUUUGCCAAGUAGAAAAUGUUAACUUCCGUGUAGUCAAAUUUGUUUGUUUUUCCCAUGAAGUCUUGGUGUUUCACGCCUUCUUGGAAAGGCUGUCAGUACUGCCAGAACAUUCAGAUAAUCUCCUGUGUUUUAUUCAAGUAUUUACACAGUAUUUUUAAAUCCUUAGAAAAUGUGUAUCUGAGAAAGCUGGGUGUUAGGUAUCUAACUUCCAUGCCCUUCCCCCAGGUGGAUAGUCAGGUGUUCCAGCAUCACCAUUCCAAAGUCUUCCCUCUCUCUCUCUGCUGAAUCUAGCGUUCCCUGGUCAUAUCCUAAAUUCCCACCAGCACAGAGUUCUGUAUGUGAACUCUGCUCUGCUCCAUUGGUCACUUUUUUCCAGUUCCUGCAUCAGCAUGACAUGAUUUUAACUAAGGCUACUUAAUACUUUUGCUAUCUGGUAGUCUAGGGUCUCAUCGUUUUAUUCUACUUCAGUUUUUUUUUUUUUUUUCUGUGCUGUUUUUUUGCAUUGUCUUUAAUACCAUAAUGUCUACCCACGAAGCAUGCCACCCCCUGCCGUUGUCCUCACAGUCCCACUGUUUUCAAUUUAUAGACUAAUUAGAAUCUGUUUCAUUUUGGAUACUGAAUGCUGUCACCCAGGGGUGGGGCUUACCCAUCCACUUACUCUUUGAUCAUCCCUAGUAACAUUUUAUAUUUUUCAUCAUCAAAUAGCUCAUUUUAAAGAUAUGUUUACAACUAUUGAAAAUGACUUUUCUUUCUCAGAUGUUUUCAUACAUUUUUAGAUGCGUAACUUAGAGUUCUUAAAUAGCAAAUCAUAUUUUCAAAUAAUGAUGACUUUACAUUUCUAGUUUGCAAAUGUGUGUGUCUAUGCACACCUCUGAAUUAUUUCAGUUGUCUCGUUCCUUUGGCAGAAUCUCCCUGGAGGAAUGUUGAAUCAGAGCAACUAUAGCAAGCAUCCUCAUCUUAUUUUUUUAAAGAUUUUAUUUAUAUUAUUUACUAGUUAGAGUUACAGACAGUGAAAGGGAGAGACAGAGAGAAAGGUCUUUUUUCCAUUGGUUCAUUCCCCAAAUGGCCAGAACAGUUGGAUCUGAAGCUAAGAGCCAGGCACCUCUUCCUGGUCUCCCACGUGGGUGCAGGGGCCCAAGCACUUGGGCCAUCUUCUGCAUUCCCAGGCCACAGCAGAGAGCUGGAUUGGAAGAGGAGCAGCUGGGACUAGAACCGGCACCCAUAUAGGAUGCCAGCACCCCAGGUGGAGGAUUAACCUGCGCCACAGCGCCGGCUCCCCUCAUCUUAUUUCUGACUCAAGUGGAAACACCUCUAUGAUUUCACUGUUGCAUAUUAUCAGGCUUAAAGAAAUCAUUUCUGAUAAAUACCUUUCAUCAAGUUCAGGAAGUUUCGUUAUAUUCUUAGCUUACUGCAUUUCCCCAGACUCAAGAAUGUGGAUUAAAUUUUAUCAAAUGCCUUUUCAGUGUGUGUAGAACAUAGUUCCUCCUUCAGUUUCUAAUGCUGAAUGAUCUUUUCGUUCCCAGAAUUUCCUAGACUAGACCUAUUUGGCUGAGGCAUAUUAGUCAUUUAGCAAUUUCAUGAUUUAAUCUGCAGUGUGUUACUUAGAAUCUUUGCAUAUGUAUUCAUAUAGGGCCUAAGAUGCUCCUUCGCAGAGCACUCUGUAGCUGUGUUAGUAAGUUUAAACAGGCAGACUUCAUUAAGUGAAUUCAGAAUUUUGCUGUCUUUUUCAAUGCUUUGGGACAAUUUAAAAAGGAAGCACUUAUUCCUCAAAGAUCUUACAGAACUGUCGCCUAAAACCAUGUGGGCCGUGUGCCUUUCACUACCUUAUCUUUUACAGACUUUUCAAGGCACUUCCCACCCAAUGUGGCCAUGUGAGGGUGGGAGGGGCUACAAUCCCCGGGGCCCUGGCUUAGCCCAGGGUCUGGGAAUGCAGAUGUGUCCUGGACACGACGUGUCACUGGGAAGAGGGAGGUCAGCCCCAGCCAGCUCAGGGAUUUCUCCUAAGGUCACCAAUAUGUUGUUCUUUCUCCCAUUGGUCUCAGUUCCUCCCAAGGAUGUUCCUUCUGGACUCAGCCAGUUUCUAUUUCACUGCUCCUGUUCGACUUCCUGCCCCAUGGACCUACGCUCAGCCAGAGGUGGGAGUGAGGCACUUAUCACCCUAGAAAAAGGCAAAGACAGAGAGACGGGGCUCUCACAUCAGGAUGAGACUCAGCCAGCCCCUAACACUGCCUCACUAGUGAGACAUUAAAUACUCAGACAGUGGUAUGCGACACUGGAACUCUAGCCCACCUCUGCAGGGACCAGCAGGGGAGCCAAACCACAACUGCAUAGCAUUGGCCCAGUAGGGUGAGAACUUGGCCAGUGACGGCCAUUUUCCUAGUCCACGGGAGAAGGCAGGUGUGCUGAUGGCGUGUGUGUGUGUGUGUGUGGUCUCUCUAUGAACCCACCAAGUCAGACUCCUCCUGUCAGUGAGCAAAGCUCCAGCUUCCACCAAGACUCUUUGUGUCAGGAUGUGAACCAGCCUUCUCAGCAAGAAGGGGCAUGCCCAUGGACAGACACCAAGUGGUCCCGCCCAGCCUGCCCUGGGCACAACGACUCCCUGUGGCCCUGCAGGACAGGGCUCCACUCUCCCUGCUUAGCCACCCACCAGACACCAUUUCUGGGUACUCCUCUUGUCAGGUGGCUGGGUCCAGGUUCUGCCUCUGAUGUGAUAAAGAAAUUUGGGGACAAGAUGUAGGGAAAGAUCAGCAGAGAAACAAGAUUUUUUUGCACUUAAAGCAAAUGAACAAGAGGGAGUUCGGGCAUACUCCAGAGUGAGCUGUACCCCACGAGGUUUGGGGCCAGCCUGUUUUGUGAUCUGGAGGCACAGGAGUGGUACCUUGAAGGGUGGUGUUUAAUUGAAUAGGGGGUGGAGUCUGGGCAGGGAUUGAGUAUUGCCUUGUCCCUUUUGGGAAAUCUUGGAAGUGUCAUGGUGUCAGGUGUGUGAUGGGAAUAAGAGUGUCAGCCAUGGUUAUUUUAUUGUAUUCACCUUAUAGCGAGCUACAGGUCAGCCUGGUGACUCCGUCAGCAACCAUGGUGGGUAGUUUUGGCUCGUGCCAGCUCUGAGCAGCAGUUUUGCGGAAGUUGCCAUUUUCCACCGCAGAGAACUGUGUUAUCAAACCCAAGGCCCACACUUGUCACAGUAGAAUCCGAUACCUUGGCGGACAAGGAUUUGGGGAAAAGAAAGGGAGGAAAGUUUACUCAGGCUGCUAGCAACGUGGGGAGGUGGCCGGCUAGUGCCUUGGUUUCCAACCACUCCAUGAAGGAUGGAGACCGAAACUUAUACAGGAAAAUGCAGGUUUAGCUACGUGACCACAGUCAUGGACAGAGGGUGCAGGUGCGGCGGGGGGAGUCUCUGUCAUUCCAGUGCCACUCAGUGGAGCUUCUUUGAUACGCGGCUUGGCUGCUCUGGCUGUGGUUGCCAGCAUCUUUCUGAUCUCAGUCUGCUCUUUCAGCUGCUUCCCUGUAGCCACCCUUCCAAUGCUGACAGGGGUGAGGGGGGUUGGGUGGGGUAGGGGGGUAUAAGGUUAUGAGGUUAUAAGCUAUAAGGUUACUGUGCAACGUCAGCCACCAUCUCAAGUCCAGUUUGCAAAAUUCUCACACAUUAUCUAUCUACACUUUUUUUUUUUUUUUUUUUUUUUGACAGGCAGAGUGGACAGUGAGAGAGAGAGAGAGACAGACAGAGAGAAAGGUCUUCCUUUGCUGUUGGUUCACCCUCCAAUGGCUGCCGCGGCCAGCAUGCUGCGGCUGGCGCACCGCGCUGAUCCGAUGGCAGGAGCAAGGUGCUUCUCCUGGUCUCCCAUGGGGUGCAGGGUCCAAGCACUUGGGCCAUCCUCCACUGCACUCCCAGGCCACAGCAGAGAGCUGGCCUGGAAGAGGGGCAACUGGGACAGAAUCCGGCGCCCCGACCGGGACUAGAACCCGGUGUGCCGGCGCUGCUAGGCGGAGGAUUAGCCUAGUGAGCCGCGGCUCCGGCCUUAUCUACACUCUUAAUUAGCCACAAGCCCAGCUUUUGUUCUUCUGAAGGUGAAAAGGACCCGGCUGGGUGUGCCGGCAGGGCUGCAGCGCAGGUGGAUCUGCAGGGAGGGGCUGGGGCCCUCAGCUCCCCUCGCCUCCAUCAGUCUCAGCAGUGGGCUCUUCUUUCCUGGAGGAAGCAGCGCCCUGGAUCAGUGCCUCCCAUCACCACUACCUCAAGGUCAGUAGGGUUGUUACUCUGCAUUUUACAGAGGAGGCACAGAGGGUUUGGGUAACUUGCCCAUGGUGUCCUGGAAGGCUGAGACUUCAAUCACAGGUACAAACUGUGCGAGCAAUUCUUGCCCCCAAGGCCACCACCCCUGGCCAGGUACCCCACGGCCACCUCCCCCUGCAGUGCCUCUGGAUCCAGAGCACAUGACAAGCCAGGACCAGCGCUCGGGACUGCAGGGCAGCAAGAGGCAGUUCUUGGCCAAGUACGUUCAUUCUGCUUUGUCCAUUGGCAGAGUCUUUCCUGCAAACCUGAAACCUGAGCCACUUUUUAUCCCUUUCAAAAAAAAACAAAACAAAAAAAACCCGUCUCAGCCCCAGUGCUUGCUGCUUGCCUUCUGUCUCCGGAGCCAUUACCCCAGGAAUGAGAACAAGGAGCCAAGUCAAGCAAGCAGCCUGGACGGGAAUCAGGGUGUUCCCAUCAAGCUGAGCGGAGGGUGCCUGGGAUCUGGAGUGUGUGUGUGUGUGUGUGUGUGUGUGUGUGUAGGGCGGAGUGGAAUGGGUGGGGAAGGAAGUGUUUUUGCUCAGCUUUGGCAGAAUCGCUUGUUAGAAAGAGGUUAUCUGGGGGGCUCUGCGAAGGCCAUCUCAACUGCUGCCUCCCUGCUGCCCAACUGGCUUCGCCCAGGGCCCAACCCCACCCCUGCUGCAACCUCUGUCUAAGGGAGACCAUGAGCUUCCAAGGCAGAGGCGCUGAUGACAGCAAUACAGGUCCACGACCCCAGCCAUCCCCACAGCUCUGGAAUCAGGAGCUUGUUACGACGUCUGCUGCCGCAGCUCAGGGCCGUCAGUGCGAAUAAUGGUGUCAGUUCCCGCAGAAAUGCUAGUGUGGUUGUCGGGUGUGGCACGGGACCCCACGAGCGCACUGUGUUACCUCUCUAGAUCCAAAAACCUCAGAAUCCUGAAUCACUCCGGGCUCCCAGGCUUUGGGUGUGGGACUCUGGGAUUAGGAACUGCUAAGGCAAAGUCUAACUUGACGCCACUGACCUUGCGGUAGUGUCUGACUCCACGGCAGGGCUUAGCGCCUAGUAAGGAUUCCUGGGAAGGCUUUUUUGAAGGCAGGUCCAAGAGAGUAGGAGGUGGAGAGAAGUCCAUCACAGGCAUGCCCCCCCAAGCCAGGUCAGGUUGCGGUUGGGUGAGCUCUUAAGGGCCAAGGGCACUUCAAGGUGGGCGGUGGAGGUGAGGACAUAAUGGAGUCACUUCCAGGUGGAGGACAGGCAUUUUUAGCUUCUUGUCUUCUCAGCAACAGUUGUCAAGAGGAUCCCAUGUGACACCAAGACAAGGGGCCUCGCCUCCCUCUGCCCCUGUGUCCAGCUGAGUCAUGGCCAGCGAAGCUGUGUGUAAAGGGAAUUAGAAGGUAAACUGCUUCUUGGACAUCUGAUUGCUCAGUUCUUGCGACUGCUGCCCUCAUUUAUAACUCGUGCACUCACACAGCACAGACACGGGCACAGCACGGACACGGGCGAUUUUCACCCAGGGGUUGAUUGGAUGCCUGCUGCUGAAUGGUCUCCCAAGUGCUUGUACCGUCUUGCUCUGAUCCCCCCAGCCGCGUCUGAGACUUCCAGUCUCGAGCUGAUCCUUGUGUGGAUUCACUGGGCAGUUUGUGGUGGUGGCAGAUGGCGGUUAUAAUUAGGGAGAGAGAGACUCCGGGCUGGAGGGAUGCUAUGAAGGCAUGCGGCUACCACAAAAAUGUACCCCCACACCUCCUGCCAUGGGGAAUGUGAUGGACCGAGAGUCCAGGGCCACGUGGAGUCCACUGCGACACGGGCGUCUCUCAGCCAGUGACGAGUCUGCCGGGGAUGCCCAUCUCAGGGACAGCUUGGGCUCAAGCACUCCCACCCAGCCCCACUCUGCAGCCUGAGGCUCCACCUCCUCGGCCCCUCCUCUACUUGUCGGCUCUGCAGGAAGUCAGGCCUGCCGCAGGGGCAGGGCCGUCUCUGCCACAGAAGCUGGACACAUCCGGGUCCUGGGUUCACUUGCUAGCCCUGUUCUCAGGGAAGCCAGACACACCAGACCUCUGUGGGAGAAACGCUCUCUGACUGAGGAGCUACAUCUGGACUGGAAGGACCGUGAUAAAACAAGACUGUCGGGUAGAAAACCAGAGCUUGAGGCUUCUUUACGUGUGAUACCUCUCGUAGCCGAGCCGGUGCUCAAGGGACCCUGGCACUCUGACUGCAGGUUACUGAACGGAGUCACUGCCCACGGGACUGAUGGCCUCUAAGUCCAGGUGGCCCUGAGCACUUGUCCCCGGGCCCUGGAGCAGUCACCAGGGGCAACGGACUGACAGGAGGCCUCUUCCUGUGGAAAAGCAUUGCCUGCCCCUGCCCCUGCCCCUGCCACAGCCCAGCCGGACACAGGCAUCCUGCCCAUAUCCCGCGAAGGGACUCGCGGACCAGGUGUGGCCUAUCUGAGUCUUGGGAGUCUGAAUGUCUAGCCUCUGAGCGUAAGGAAAACUCCUGGCGGGGGCCACCCUUUCUCACUGCAGCCCCCUUCCACCCACUUCCAGGCUUUUAUCCCACACAGAUGGAAAUGAGGUACUAAUCCACGGCCACGAGGAGACCCGACCAGCCCACCAGCUUCCCGCUCCUGGCUGUGUUGCCACUGCCACAUCUCCUCGGCUGACGACCAGGAUCAUGGGCCCCGGAGUAUGGAGACCAGCCCUGUCCCAGCGUCCAGUGAUAGCACUUGGCCGAGAUGUUUAUCACCAUUUAAUGAAUGCCCCCACAGACACGCUUCCCACUGGGCUACAAGCGGAUUUCAGGGUGAUGGAAGCCGAUGUACCACCCAGAUGGCCCACCACGGGGUUCCAGACCAGGAGCACUCAGCAGGAAGCAGCAGGAAUCAGGGAGCCGAAGAGGAGCCCUGGGACUGACUGACCUUCCUCCUCCUCCUCCUCCUCCCACCUACCUCCUUCCUGCUAGGAACUUCUCCAGGAGGUGGGGCGGGUCCUGUGAACACCACCCCCAGACGCAGUAAGACGACGCGGAGGCACUGGCCCCGAGCAGGCUCACUCAAUAAAUAACCAAAUAAUUCCCAGAAGUCACGGCCGCAGGAGGCGCAGGCCGGGGCCGCCCGCUACGUGCUGCACACGAGUACGUCUGCAAAGGGCCCCAGGAGGACCUUGUUGAAGAUGCAGCGGACCCACACCAGGCAAGAACAACUUCCAACUGAAGCUGAAAGAGACACACGCAGGGAGUAUCAGGAAGACGCGGGGGCGGGGGCAGGAUGCACCUGGGGCUGAGACACCCACCUGCGGCAGGAUGCACCUGGGGGCUGAGACACCCACCUCCGACCCGAGAAGGCCUUGCAACCCUGACAUGCUCCCCACUUCUCCAGUGACCGUUCUGUCACCUGCUGUCUCCCAGGCAUCCCUGCGGUCUCAGGCAGGCUUGGCAGCAGAUGGGGAUAUGGACCAGUAGCUACCAACAGCCAGAGUGCCCUGUCCGGCCCUCCGGAUCUGGCUGGCCAUGUGUGGAGUGGCCAAGCCCAGCCAAGCUCUGAGUUCAGGAAUCUGGAGCAAAGCUCACGGGACCAGGACACAUAUAGUAGGGUCUUGUUGGGUAGACAGGCAACCAGGCAGAGACCAGCCUCUGAGAAGAGGUGGGGAGCUGUUCCUUAUUAGAUUCUUAGUCCCCACCUGCCCCAAGGCCUGCCAGGAUGGAUUUGACAGAGGCCACAUCAAUUCAGCCUGGCCACAACGACCUUUCCUGGGCCGUUCAGGGUCCCGAGUUACCCUUCCGAAGUGGGAAGGAAAGAAGGGUUGGUGGGGAGGGAUAGAACCAUGGAACAGCAUUUUGCUAGGAAUAGCAUGGUGGUUCAAAGUAGGGGUCCUGGAGGGUAGACUGGCCAGGUUUGUGCCACCGUCACCACUCGCAAGGCAGGCAGACAGCACCAAUGUCUGAUGACAGAAGUGGCCACAUAAAUCCCCCACACGCCCCAGGCCAGAGCUCUGGAGCUCCUGGGUUAAGCUCCUGUUGUCCACAGCGGUAAGGAGCCUGCAAUGCAUGCCUUUGUUAGCUGCUCCCUGCCUUGUCUUACUUCUUCUUGCCUAUUCAGGUUUACCAGGACCAAGCACAAAUAAUCCACCUGCACUUGAAUCCACCUCUCAAAAUCUGCUUACGGGAGAACCUUAAUUCACACAGAUGUUACUGCAUUUUGUCACCAAGGAGAUGCAUAGAAAACCACCUUCCUGUGAGGUAGCCUUGGUGUGGGCACAGGGGGCCCGCAAGUACCUGGGCAGUCAGUGGUCACCAAGUCCUUCCAAUCUGGGUUCCUGCCCCCCCUCUGUGUGUCCCUCCUCCAAUCCCACACAGCAGCCUACAUAAGCCAGAAGCUCGAAGGAUCAGGCAAAAUCCUCAGAAAGGUUUUCAAGACAGCAGAUGGAGGCAAAGAGCACGUUAAUCAGAUCCCUCUCCCAGAGCAAGAUAAAGAGGCUUUUUCCCUACCACCGCAUCGAAAUGUUCUCACAUAACCGACACAUUUCUCCAGGAGGGAAAAUCGAAAUGGGGAAGAAUAAAUGGGCCCAGCUGCUAGCUGGGCAACAGAGUGAUGUCUUCUUUCUCCACCUCAGUGGACCAGUGCCUGGUGUGGCUGUAAGACCCUGUGAUGCUGGGGCAGUGGCAGGGGGAGCAGAUGAUGAGAGAGCACUCAGGUUGCCCUCCUUGGCCUUGGGGACUGAGCAGGACCGCAACUUGGUCCGACUGGUGCUGUCUGUUGGGCUCUGACACCUGACUCAUUGUUCAGAGCAGCCCCGUGCGCCCACAACCUCCCCAGGGUGCUGGUGACAAAGGGCUCAGAACCUAUUCUGCCCGCAAAUCUCUGUGUCCUGCUUCAUCUGUCACCUGGCUCUGUUGAAACAGGUUCAGGAGCCAGAAGCCCAGCACCACAGGAAAUCCCAUCCUCGUCUGUCUUUCCUGGGACCCCCACAGUAGAGCUGCUAAUUUCCCUCUCCCCAACUUGCUGCCUUUAAUCCUCUCUUCCACAAGUGAGCAGUGGGGGCAGCCUCCACCCUUAUGUUGGGCAGACCUGGCGAGGACCACGUUCUUACUGAGCUCCUGCCAAUCACAGUGCCAGACUAGGUCCCUCCCCCACACAACCGCCUUAGUCAAUCCUUCAGGACCACUGCUCAACAUGGCGGUCUGCUUCAUCGCCAUUUCCACCCAGGGAGAGGCAGAUGACUGAGCUGCACAUGCAUGGUGCAGCAUUCUACCAGGUGCACCUGUGCUGCUGCUCCGAGGUGAGGGCUGCCCACGGGCGGUCUUUCAGGGGGCUCCCUGCACAAGAGGAACAAAGAUGAUGGCACUGAGGCAUGGGUCACCCAGGAUGACAUAUUUUGUCUCCACCUGGUGCCCACCUGAAAAUCCAUACUGGUGCUUUAGAAAGCAUGGAAGUCUGACAGCCUGGGAGGAGUGCAGGACCCCACCCCACUCCAGGCUUAAAAACCCACCCAGAGCUCCAAAGAGGAUGGGAUUCAUAUGGGACAGGAGGUUUUUAUCUGGGCCCUUUCCCACCAGGAAAAAAGAAGAGUUAGGUGAGCCUUUCUCCUGCUUGGACAAGGACGCGGCAGGCAUCCGAACAGCCCGGCAGCCUUGCCCCUGCUCCAAGCCUGCCUCGUCGCAGCUGCCAGGAGAGCUGGACGGAACUUUACACAAAACCACGCUGCCCAAGCAACAAGCCACCACACCUGAUAUUGUUUACUUAGCAGAAUUUGCAAAGUUUCCCAAAUAUAGCACAUUCCCCCUUAUGCCCUCCGUGCAGGUGCUAUGUGGUCUUUUCCCCAAGAGUCUGCUAAGUCUCAUCUGCUAACAGUUUUUGCUGCAGGAUUUUUGCUGCAGGCACAAGGCUGCUGGAGGAGGCUGGCAGGGGCCCUGCUGCCUUUGCCACUGAGGCCUUUCAUGCAGGCAGCUUGAGGAGCAGCCCUGGCGGGGCCAAGGAGAUGACGAAAAUGGCCAACUCAGACCUGGACUCUACAGGGCAGAGAGCUGACUGCAAAACUGUAUUCUUUGGAAAGAAACCUGUUACAUGGAAAAGACACUGCCUCUUGGACAUCUGUGGUGCUGCACCCACCUCCUGCAGUGUGUGGUUUUCAGCAGACCUUAACUCUGGCCUGGGCAGCCAAGAGAGCAGGCCUCCCUUGUUGCAAGGACCCAGUGCAGUUCUUCCCAGCAUCGUCUCUGGGGCAGUACAACCUCCUCCCAGAAGCAAUGGGAGAAGGCAGGGGAGGAUUUCCUAUAAGGACCUCAAGAUACCAAAAGGGCACUUGUCCUGACGUCCUGUCUUGUCCUGACCUCAGAGCUGGGCUUCUCCGUGGAUCCCCACAGGAAGUCCCUCCUGCAAACACCUGCUGAGGCCUGGACCUGUGGUGGAAGCCGGUGCCCUUGGGUUUUCUCUUUAUUCUACUGACAACAGGAUUUGGCUAGAUGUGCACAGACAUGGCACAACCAUCAUUAACUACAGAUACAGCACAGCCCCCAACCAGGCAGAAUGGCUGCUGCCGGCCAGCACCACCACGGCAGCUGUGGUUGGUCACCCUGACUCUCCACUGACUCUACCUAAGCGAAAGUCAGCGGCUGAGAUCCAUGUUCUCAUGAACCUGCAUCCAAGGACUCAAGAGGACAGAGAGAACAAGGGAUCACGGCUCUACAUCAGCUCUACAUUAGCUACAGUACGUGAUGGGGAUUUUUUUUUUUUUUAAGAUUUAGUUUAUUUGAAAGGCAAAGUUAGAGAAAGAGAGAGGUAGAGACAGAGAAAUCUUACAACAGGCAGUUCACUCAACAAAUGGCCACAAUGGCUGGGGCUGGGGCUGGGCCAAAGCCAGGAGCUUCAUCCGGGUCUCCCAUGGGGGUGCAGGGGCCCAAGCACACUUGGGCCAUCUUCUGCUAUUUUGCUACGUGCAUUAGCAGGGAGCCAGAUCGGAAGUAGAGCAGCCAGUGCCCAUAUGGGAUGCUGCCGUUACAGGUGGCAACCUAGUGCACUGUGCCACAAAGCCGGCCCCAUGACAGGGAUUUUAAAAAUAAAAACUCUGAAAAUAAA